UAUGAUUCCUACUUCGCCGCUCCUCCACUCCCUUCUCAACUGAGCCUUUCGUUUUUCCUUGAGAAAGGAGGACGGAACCAGAGCCGCUCGCUCAGCCUCUGCUUUUCCGUCAUUUGUCUCUCCCUCUCGGCCGGAAUAUUCCCUCAUGGAUAUCCGCCGGAGACCUCCCAAACCCGCUGUUCACCACCACCAUCACCUCCAGCGGAAGGCUUCGGCGGUCGUCGAUCGUUCUCCUUCUCCUACCCCGAAGGCCUCCGAUGCCCUUCCGCUCCCUCUAUACCUCACCAAUGGCAUUUUCUUCACCCUCUUCUUCUCCGUCGCAUACUACCUCCUUCACCGAUGGCGUGACAAGAUCCGAAACUCGACGCCCCUCCACGUCGUCACUCUCUCCGAACUCGCCGCCAUUGUCUCCCUCAUCGCCUCCUUCAUCUAUCUCCUCGGCUUCUUCGGAAUUGACUUCGUCCAGUCGUUUAUUGCCCGCGCCUCUCCCGAUUCCUGGGACGUCGAGGGCGAUGAUGAGCCCCGCUUCAUCAUAGAUGAGGAUCGCCACCGUGGGCCUUGCCCAGCCUCCCUUGAUUGCGUCGUUCCCACCCCCACUUCUGUAUCUAAUAAAGUGAUGGAUCUUCACCAGGAUCCUCUUUCCUCGGAAGAGGAGGAGGAGCUCGUGCAAAAGGUUGUCUCCGGCGAAAUUCCAUCGUAUUCGCUGGAAUCCAGGCUUGGGGAUUGUCACAAGGCAGCUUUCGUUCGCCGGGAAGCAGUCCAGAGACUCACGGGGAGGUCCCUUUCCGGCCUGCCUCUGGAAGGGUUCGACUACGGUUCAAUUUUGGGGCAGUGCUGUGAAAUGCCGGUGGGAUAUGUGCAGAUCCCGGUGGGGAUUGCGGGGCCGCUGUUGCUCAACGGUUGUGAAUACACGGUACCCAUGGCGACGACGGAAGGCUGUUUGGUUGCAAGUACAAACAGAGGCUGCAAAGCCAUCUAUGUUUCUGGGGGAGCUACUUGUGUUCUUCUCAGAGAUGGGAUGACUAGAGCCCCUGUUGUGAGGUUCCAGUCGGCUAGGAGGGCGGCAGAUUUGAAGUUUUUCUUGGAGGAUCCUCUCAAUUUUGAGACCUUGGCGAUGGUUUUUAACAAAUCGAGCAGAUUUGCUAGACUUCAAACCAUUAAGUGCUCUAUUGCGGGGAAGAAUCUUUACAUUAGAUUUAGCUGCAGCACGGGGGAUGCAAUGGGGAUGAAUAUGGUGUCUAAAGGAGUUCAGAAUGUACUGGACUUUCUUCUUAAUGAGUUCCCUGACAUGGAUGUCAUUGGAAUCUCUGGGAAUUUUUGCUCUGAUAAAAAACCAGCUGCUGUCAACUGGAUCGAAGGGCGUGGAAAGUCGGUUGUGUGUGAGGCAAUCAUUCCUGAGGAAGUGGUGAAGAAAGUUCUGAAGACCAGUGUCCAUUCCCUGGUAGAGCUUAACAUGCUCAAGAACCUCACAGGCUCUGCCAUUGCCGGCUCUCUUGGUGGAUUUAAUGCACACGCUGCUAAUAUUGUCUCUGCAGUUUUCAUAGCCACUGGGCAGGACCCAGCCCAGAACAUAGAAAGUUCCCAUUGCAUUACUAUGAUGGAGGCUGUGAAUGAAGGGAAGGAUCUCCACAUCUCUGUCACCAUGCCUUCCAUUGAGGUCGGAACAGUGGGGGGAGGCACACAGCUGGCUUCACAAUCGGCGUGUCUGAACCUGCUCGGGGUGAAAGGUGCAUGCAAAGAGUCGCCUGGGUCAAAUGCAAGGCUCCUCGCGACCAUCAUUGCUGGUGCGGUCAUGGCCGGGGAGCUCUCGUUGAUGUCUGCCAUUGCAUCUGGUCAGCUUGUGAAGAGUCAUUUGAAAUACAAUAGAUCCAGCAAGGAUGUGACCAAAGUGCCCCCAGAGGAAACCCACUGAAUGUGUUUGAGUGAAGAACCUGUUUGUAGAUAAUGUAUGGGAAGCACACAUGUGAGGAUGCAUGUGGUAAGUUUAUUCUAUAAGAUGAAUCUUUGGCACUACUGUGAGGAAGAAGGCUUUAUCUAGUAUCUACCCCACCCCUUUGUACUAAAUUGUGGGUAUCACAUGUAUUAUGUCUGCACAGGGUAUCAUUUGUUCUCAAUUUUAUUCUUUUUUUCCCUCCCCUUGGUUGGUUUCGGAAGUAAUUGGUUGUUAUUUGGCACUUUUUUUUCUGGGGAAUUUUGUAUUCGAUGUGCCGUAUUCAUAAAAAUAACAAAAAUGAUGAUGGUGUUUCAUGUAUGUAAUGAUGAAGGUUUUAGGGAGUAUUUGCAAAAAACAAAAGUUGGCAGUGUUUUAU